CUUGAUAUUUGAUCAAUAUAACUGCAUUACCAGUCCAAAUUCAGCUGUCUUGAGACCGAUGACAGCCUGGUUUCUCUUGCUGUUGUGGUGUGGACAAGUUUGCCGCCUCCAGCCUAUCGCCAAGAAUCUCCUUCCGGCUUGGCCAUCGAAAGCGACUGCCCGGCACUUGCGGUGGCAGACAUGGCGGGACAUUUACACCACACCUUCCAAGCGAGCCCACCUCGUAAUGUAUGUAAUGUCGCUGUUAGACCUGCCACGGUCGUGCCGCUCUGUUUUUGCCCUCAAGGCCGUGGGCCAAGUUCGUCAGGCUUUAUCGUAGCGGGAGUUCGACAGGACAGGGGUCCAUAGAGUGAC